GCACCAAAGGGCAGCGAAUGCGACCCGGAAGCGGAAGCGGCCGAGUUCUAUGAUGGCUGCACAUCAGUCGCUACUUUCUAGUUGCAGACGGCUGGUGGCUGGUUUCUUGUGGGGCGGCUGGGCUAAGGCUCCGUCCCGCGGGCUUCGGCAGGUCAUAGAAACUACCGAAGGGAGCACCACUGUUAUUGAAGGCAAAAUUUUAGAUGAUGUGGAAGCCCAAGUUCCUCCAAAUCCUUCUGGUCAGUGUCCAAUUUGUCGCUGGAACCUGAAGCACAAAUACACGUAUGAGGAUGUGUUACUUCUAAGUCAAUUCAUACGAAGUGAUGGAGGUAUGCUGCCUCGGAGGAUCACAGGCCUUUGCUUCAAAGAGCACAUGAAAAUUGCUAUCUGUGUGCAAAUGGCUCAUCGAGCAGGUUUACUACCAAAUCAUAGGCCUCCACUUCCAGAAGGAGUUUUUCCUAGGAAGAAACUCAACAGGUAUCUUACCCGGUACUCUGUCGGUUCUGUAAAGCCCAUCUGGAACAAAGGCCGCAAGUGGUGCAAAGUCCCCAUGCCGAUAUCACACCCCAUACUCAAAGAUAACAUUUAUUAUGGACGCAAGCCGCCUUCUUUUAAUCAUUAAGGUGAAAUGACAUUUGUUUGAACAGUGGAACAUAACUGGUCUGCUUUUCCUGAAGUUUAUUUCCAGUAUUUUGAUUUUAGUGCUUUCUACAUAGGAACAGGCUUGUGUAGUUUCCCUGUUGCAGUGAGAUAUGAUGCCUGUUGCUUUAAUUUUUUUUUUUUAUGGAACCAGCCCUGAGCCUGCUUCAUGGGGAGGGUGGGAUAUAAGUAGAAUAAAAUAAAGAAAUAAAUUGAGAUUAA